CAUCUUCUCAACAACAACUCUUUGUCUAUAAUCCACUCUUCCCACACACCAACAACCUUCAAGAUGCGUUACUCUCUCGCCUUCGUUGCUGCUCUUACCGCCACCGUCCAGGCCCACGGUGUCAUCACCUCCAUCCAGGGUGCCAACGGUGUCACCAUGCCCGGUCUUUCGGUCGCUGAUGGCACUCCUCGUGACUGCGCCUCGCCCGCUUGCGGCUCUGAGGUCGACACUUCCAUCAUCCGUGCCAAGGAGGCUGGCGGCAAGGCUUCGGCUCUUGGACGCACAAAGGCUGGCGCUGUCGACGCUGGAGCGGCCAUUGCCAAGUUCAUGGGCACUGGCGCUGCUGGUGCGGCUGGCGGUGCGGCUGGUGGUGCCGGUGCUGGUGCCGGUGCGACCGCAGCAACCAAGGCUGGAGCUGCAAAGGCUGGCGCGGCCAAGGCUGGUGCUGCUGCGACCAAGCGUGGUCUUCUCGACGGCAUUCUCGGUGGCGCCGGCGGAGCUGCUGGCGGAGCCGGAGCUGGUACCAAGACGGCCAAGGGCACGACUGAGCAGGGUGUUGCUGCCUCUGCCGGUGCCGGUGCCUCUUCUGGUCUCCCUACCACUGCCGACGAUGGCACCAUCACCAUGACCUUCCACCAAGUCAACCAGGACGGUGCCGGUCCUCUCUCUGCCCAGAUCGACCCCACUUCCGGUGGAACUGACCCUGCUGCCUUCAAGAACGCCCAGGUCACCCAGAACGUUCCCGGUAUCGGUAUUGGAGGUCUCUCUGCUGCUUCCACCACCGACUUCCCCGUCAAGGUCCAGAUGCCUGCUGGUAUGACUUGCCAGGGCACAGCCGGUGGCGCCACCAACGUCUGCGUUGUCCGCAUGCAGAACAAGGCGCUUGCCGGUCCCUUUGGUGGCUCCGCAGCUUUCACCCAGAGCACCGCCGCCAGGAAGAGGGCUAUCGAGUACAACCUCCGCAAGCGCCACAUGGCCCGUGGUAUCCUCGGCAAGGCUGACCUCGAGUAAAUGGAAGCAGUGUUCUCCAUGUCGACAAGCAAUACACAUUCUCAAAUACUCGGUCAAGAGCUGUAUAGAUGGUAAAAUUUUGAGGAUGGGUGUGUGUUAGUGAUUUGCUGUGCAAAUCACUCGACAAUGAAGACAGGAUAAUAGUACACCAAGAGCGGGUGCUGGAGUAAGUCGGGCCAUUGAAACCUUGUUUCGAUUGCCCGCGCUUCCUUCACGUACAUAACUGACCUACGAUACCCUCCUUAGACGAGCAGUUUGAUUUUUGGUUCUGUAAUUAGAUGGAUGGAAUUGUCAAGAAAGUGCUUUUUUCCUGGACGUUACCGAUAGGAGAGGCACUAGGAGGAACCCUGUAAAUAGCGAUUGAAUAACG